CGGACAGCAGCGAUGAUGCCCCCCUCCCCGACGCCCAGCUGGCUAAGAGGCCGGCAUCUGAGUCACCUCCCGACCUUACCCCCAAGAAGAGGUCAGAACCUCCUGAUGGGAGCUGAAGCACGGCUCUGAUCCAAUCAGAGAGCUGAUAAGAAAACCAGUCUCUACCUCCUGACACCGGAGACCAACCUGCAGCUCCGCCAGGUGGGCGGGGUUAAUGCGGCUAAGCCCCGCCCCCCGCAGGAUAAAACCUGCGGCUGAACCCCUCGCUCCAGUUCCUGGUUCUGCUCCUCCAGAGACCCCAUCCUGCCAGCAUGUUCCCCCAGCUGACGCUGAACCUGCCCCGCAGCCCGGAGGCCAACACCACGGCGGCCGUGGACUGGACCCAGGUGUACGAAGCCGUCCGGUGGGUCCAGCUCGUCAUGGCCUCGUUCAGCAUUGUUGGUUCCGGCUCCAUCAUCUCCCUGAUUAUUCCCAGACUCGGUCAGACGCCCGAGCUGCAGCCUCUGUUCCAGCUGAGCGUGGCCGACCUGCUGCUCGCCACCUGCUGGCUGAUCGGCGCCGUCCUCUACUCUCAGCGCUGCGACCACCUGAGCGCGCUCUGCUACAACCUGCACACCGUGGAGCAGAUUCUGUACAUGGCGUCCUUCUUCUUCACGCUGAACUACGUGUGGAACCUUUACACGCUGACCAGAGAGAAGUUCAACAGCUGCUUGAGCGGCUACUCCGUACAGUUUUCCAACACGGUGUCGCUGAAAGCUAAAAUGAUUGCAGUGUUGUCAAGUCUGGUUCCGGCGCUGCUCAUGGUCCCGGUCUUCGUUCAAGGGAACCUCGGCCACUGCCAGGUCAACUUCAGUGAGCCGUACAGGUGCCUGCUGAUGCACACCGGAGCGCUGUUCCUGCUGCCGGGUCGGCAGCAGCUCAGCCGCAGCUGCAGCUUCCUGCACACCUACCAGAUCGGAGUCUUCCUCAGCAGCUUCCUCCUCACCCUGCUGGGCAUCACGGUUCUGGUGGUCAAGGCGCGGUGCAUCUACCGGCGGGCGGUGACUUCCAGCGGUUACCUAGGCAACGAGCAGCGGGCCUUGUUCCGGGUGAUGGACCUGCGGAUGCUGCUGUACCCACUGGUGUUCGUGUUCUGCUGGGGUCCAGCCGUGGCGCUGGCGGUCCUGCGGGUGGCGAAGCCGUCGACGGGUCACGGUGUGGCGGGCGUCUGCCUCUACAUAUCUGAGGCCUUCACUUCGGCCUCUCAGGGUUUCCUCAACUGUCUGGUGUACGGCUGGACGCGCCUGCACCUCCGCCGCGCCGGCCUGUCCUUCUUCUGCAGAGACGUGGACACGCAGACGCCGCUGCUGCGCUCCCAGCAGACCAGGAACUAUCUCACCUGAGGGGGCGAGCGGCUCAGCAGCGGGUGGGGGUGGGGGCUUUUCUGCUGCUUUCUGCCACAGAGGCUCGAGGCGUUAACUUUCGCUUUCCACCGGAGGAAAAACUCCGCGGCUGCAUCUUCCACCUCUGGUCCUGAACCACCGAGGCGAGGAAAGAGGAAGAGGAAGAGCGAAGGGGGUUGAGAAUGGUUGCUCAGUCGAGCUCUGUCAGCGACCUCUGACCUCAGGAAGUGAAAUCAUCAGUUUGGGCUGAAAUGCUUUUAUUUUGUAGUUUUUAAGCUAAUAAAGUUGCUUCAGUGACCAGAAAUCACCUGAAAGGUUUUUACAAACUGCUUUAAAUUUACAUUUUUAAUUGUUUCAUUUAUUUUGCAGAUUUUCUUUCUGGAAGUUGGCAGAAUAAAUAAAAAUGACAAUUAUUA